CCGUUGAUCAAAUUUGAUUAUCGGAAGUUCGUGAAUCAAAAAAUGGGGCAAAACAGGGGGAAAUCGUCAACCGAUUUGGUGUGGUGAAUACCGAUUUGACUGCUGAUCAGCGUUUAAUCAUCAGCCGAUGUUUAACAACGGUUGGUGAAUACGGCCGCAGAUCUUUUAAAUAAAUUUGGCCUUUCGAAAGACCCAAUUUACAAUUCAUGGAAAUUUAUUUAGACGAUAUUCUACUUCAUUGCUCAAGAUCCUCAACUAUAAGACGCGUUUGAUGGAAUAAACAGUAAUCUUCAGAUGCAAGAAACUCAUUAGCAAAAUUUUUGUAAAUAAACAAAAUCCUUAUAUUUUCCUCAAAAUCUUUUAUUUGUGUAUUUUUACAUUUAUUACAUUGAAUCUGUGUGAAUGCGGGAUGACAGCCUCUGCAGUUAAAAAUCCCCAAAUUCCCAUUAAUCAAUACAAGCGUGAAACAUUUGUAGUGUGGAUGCUAUAAAUUUCACAGCUGUAUUCUACAGCGACUUUUUUUUCUAAACGUUUUAUAUUGAAGAGCUGAAAUUUUCCUAUCUUACACAGGUAAAACUACUUAUAUUUUCCGAUAAAGGAAUACUAACACAAAUGGAGAAGCAUUCUGAUCAGUGGUCUUCUUGCGACGACAACAUGAAGAUACAAAUCGAUUCAAGCCGUGAUGAAGCUUGUGUUAAUGCGGAAAGAUCUUUUGUUUAUAAUUCAAUUCCUCUUUAUUCUGAAGAAGAAGCUCAAGCUUUAGCAAAAAGAUUAGAUAACGAUGAAACAUUUAAAGAAGCAAUGAAAAUUUUAAUUGCAUGGUUAGAAAGAGGGGAAUGUAACGAGAUAAAUUCGGCGUGCUUUUAUUUUUUGAUUCGACUAUGUUGGAAUCGUGUUGAAAAACUUCAAGCUGAGGAGAAAGAAUACCAGGAGAAAAUUAAACAUUUAAAGAAAAGUGUAUUGAGCAAAAGUUAUUGCAUUCAACUUAAGCUGAUUGAAAUUGAAGAAAUAUUCAGUACAAUAGAAAAGCAAAACUUGUGGACUUGUUUCACUCAGGAUCAUUUGGAAAAAAUACAAGAGAUGAGAGUAGAUUUUUUGAAUCUCAAGCGAAUUAUUUUGGAAGAUUGUGUAUUGGAAAAAGAGUCGGAUGAUAAGAAUAUUGAAGAUGAACAAGCAGAAAGUAGUGUUCAUGAAAUGCAAGCUAAACUUGAUAGUUUAACUUCUGAAUUAGAUAUUGUUUAUGAAAAAACUGAAGAAAUGCCAUUAAAAUAUGAAGAAUAUAAAAAUCAAUUUCAACCACUAAGGUCAGAAAAGGUAAAGUUCAAGAUACUUGUAAAGAAAGAGUAUCUGAUUAUAAAUAGAGAAGGAAAACCAUGUCUUCUUGUUGAGGUUGCUUCUCAGUCUUAUAUGGAUCAAAUUGAAAUCCACGUUGUUUCUUUAAUUUCUAUCUUUUUGUUUGAAUUUCCAAAUGAAGCAGUUGUAAAAAGUAUUUAUUUCCAUUUAAAGAAAUGCCUUCCAAACAAUAAUGCACACUUUAAUAUGACAGAUGUAGAAAAUUUGUUGAGGAAAUAUCCAAAUAUUUUUAAAGAAACAAGGCUUCUUUUUCCUCAGGAGGUAAGAAAAUGGAGUUGUAUAAGUAUCACUCCGGAAACCAGGACAAUAUUAAUUGAUAAGAAUUUACAUAUUCAGAAAUCACGUAAGAUAAUUAAGAAGAAAUUGCCGAACAAGAAAGUGCCCAAUAAGAAAUAAAUAUAUACCUCCAAAAAUAUUUAAUGGUUCAAUUAAAAUUUUCAAAAAUGUUUUAAUGAUUUAAAAUUUGUAAAAAUGUAGUGUUUGAUUAAAUGUGACUAAAUUUUGAUAAAGAUAAGCUACAUCAACUUAUUUUAUGUGGAAUUAAUGAACAGUAACUCUGUCAAUUAUUCAUGCAAUAAGACUGCAAUUUCCAUUGUAAAUAGUGAGUAUUUGUUUGAUUCCAGUUGAACUGAAAGACAUCAGUUGUAUAUGAAAAAGGAGGAAAUAGUUCCAACUUUAAUGUUUGUUUUAGUGUGCACCUCAUUUUAUUAAAUUAGAUGCUGUUGAUAACAAAAACAUCAGUGUCAUGGUUUUUCAACUGAAGAAGUUACAGUGAUCUAAUUAGAAGUUUUUUGUGAAUAAUUUUUUCCCCUGUUUUUACUGAAACUUGUGGAUUAAAGCAUCAGUACAAAUGUACUUUUCUUUUUUGGCUUUUGUAGUGUUGCACUUUCUAGCAAUUCUUUUUGGUAUAUCAAUGCUAUUCCAGUAUUAUUUUUGUUUGUACUCUAUGUGAAUACAACUAUUUCAAUGGGCUAAUUAUACUGCAAAUUUUGUUGUAUGUGAAUAAAAUGUUCUUCUUGUGGUACAGUUAUAUAAACAUUUCAUUUAUAAACUGUGCAGUUAUGAAAAAGAAGCUGAAUGAUUGGAUCAUCUAGUUUCAGGUAUAUAUCUGUAAUGGUUUAGACUGGUGGACUCCCUGUAUAUUUUUGCCAUCAAUAUCAAGAAUUUUCUUAUAUCACUCCCAGUAUUUAAUAAAUGUAUUUGAUGUUAAUUAAUUUUAGUUUUUCAAAAAGUUGUAAGUUCUCUCUAUAUAAAGAACAAGGAAGCUUGAUAUUGUAUGUGAAGUUUAAGAAAAAAAUUAAUAUAUAGUUUAUGAAACUUAUUAAACCAAUUUAUGAAAAUGUGUUAAUUCAACCUUUAUAACCUAUUUUUUUAUAUAUAUUCUUUCAUUCAGAUUUGAAAAGGUACCUGAAGUUACUUAACAGAUACAAAUUACAUUAUUUUUCUGGUUCAUUAAUUAUUUGCUGAAGAAUUGCAAAAUUCAUUUUUAUAUUAUUUAGUAGUUUUCAUUGUGCAUGAGUUUGAAAAAAAUGAUUCAAUACAUUUUUUAUAAGUUUUUUGAGUUUAUAAAUUAAAUAUUCUUUUGCAAAAUUUUAUCAAAUAGCAGUUUUAAAUUAAAAAUUACAAAUGUAUCCAGGAACAUGGUAAGCAUUUCAUUUUGGAGAGGGAACAAUAAAAAUGUGGAGUAAAUCAUCUUUCAUAAGCUUUUGAUGAUAAAGAUGAUAUUAAAAAGAUACAAACAAUUUUGAAAAGUAAAACCUUUAGAUUCUUUAUAUGAAUAUUGUUGACUUGAAAAAGAAAUAUUUUUAGGUUGCCUAGUUUAUAAUCAUACUUGUGUACGAGAGGUACAAUAUUAUUUAUGAUUGAAAAUUAGAAAAUUAUUAUACAUAUAAAGUCUCUUACAGUAUAUCUGAUCAAAUUUCUUACAAAGUAAUAAGAGAGCAGUGGUAUUAGAAGUAUUUUAAUUGUAAAAUUAAAAAUUUUACAAUUUUAAUUGUAUUUUUUGUAAAAUUAAAAAUGCAUAAAUGCUUAUAAACUAAAACAAACAAACAAACUUAUAUUGAGAUAUAACUAUUUUUACAAAUUAUCUUAUAAUGGUUUCAAAGAAAUUACUUUCAAAGCAAAUUUUGAUCUGCAUCUUUACUGACUUUAGAGAUCAUAUGUCGGCAACAUCACAAACAACACAUCAUUAUAUCUUUUAAAGAAAAGAGCUACAUUAAUUAACCUAUAUGUUUAUCACUUAUGUUCCUUUGAAUAUGGUUGCAAAUCAACUUGCAAACUUUAAAUUAUCUUUCACAACUUUGUGACGAUAAUAAUGUUAGAAUGACACAAACAAUUUUGAAAGGUAGAAAAUCCAUUCAAGAAGGUUUGUCUCGCUGUUUGAGUAUAAAUGAACACGAUAACUACAAUGUAUAAGCUAAAUGAAUGAAAUUUGCUAUAAAAAUUUAAUAUCUGAAGUGCAGGUCCAUAUCAAAUUUUGGAAUUAAAUUCAUUAAGGGGUUGACCAUCUGUAGGUCUGUAUUUUUGAUAAAUGAUUUAGAUAAAUGAUAUUUUAUAUGUGAUCUUAUUACUUAAAUUGGUUAUUCUGAUUUUGGCUUGAAUGGGUAAAAUCCCCCCCCCCCCCCCCCCGUCUGAGUUGACACAAUUCGAAAAUUCAACUUUGGUAAAUUAUGCGGAGGGGGGGGGGUGCUAUCUCAAAACAUAAGAUUGGCCAUUUAUCUCUCUUGGCAGUUUAUUCAAAACAUGUGGUUUUGAUUUCCUUAUUUUAUUUCUGUUCUUUUUUUAUAUAUAAGAAUUUCCUAAGUAUCAUUGUUUUUGAAAUUAUUUAGCAAUCCUAUUUUUUUCUCUCUGUUUUCGUAUGGCAUAAAGUAAUACACUGCAAUAUAUAUAUAUAUAUAUGGAUGUAAAAAGAGGAACAUGAAGUCUUUGCAAGAAUCUGAAGAAAAUCAAAACAAACUAAAAUAUUAUCUUAAAAUAAAGUUAAAUUAAAAUAAGAGUAAUUAAAAGCAAUUAAAAUAUUGCAAUGUAAAAAUGGAGAUCAAAAAGCUGUAUAUCUGAUACUCAAUUUUUGAUAAUUUUUCUAAUAUUAAAUAUGCCGAAACAAAUUUUCAUUAAUACCAUUCAUUAUUUGUCCCAGAAUUGUUUCAAUCCACCAAUUUAAGAACAUAAGCAUUUAUUUCAUUUUAAGCUCAGUUGCUUUCAGGUUUUUUUUUUUUUUUUUGAAGAAAUAAGUAAGUAGUUUGAUUUUCUAUGUAUAGGAGUAGUAUAUUCUAUAUCAUUUUCUUCAACUUCUCGCUUUUGUAAACUUGCCACAUGAUUUAUUAUCACAAAUAUUGUUUCAAUAAUUAGCUAAAGGUUUUUAUUUUUUAUAUUGCAGUACAAUUAAAAAUAAAGUGGGAUGUCUUAAAAUAAUUUUUUUAAUCAUGCCUUUUUUUAAAAAAUGCAUUUUUUAUUUGUAAAAAAAAAAUGAAUUUUGGAAAGAAUCUGUGAUGCAAGAGUCAUAUAUAGAUUCAAAACAGUAGAUGUCUUCACAAAUUUUCAAGAAAAUAUAUCCAAUGAAGUUGCUUAAAAUUAUUAACAUCAGUGCAGCAAUUCUUUGCUGGUUAAUUUGUGCAGUUCCCCCUCAACCAGUUCUGCUUUUCACAGAAUUUCGUGUUCAGUUAUGAGCUUUUGUCUUCAUUUUCUUCGAAGGAACUGCAUUACUGCAGAAACAUGAAACCAACAACAUUUUUAUUUCUCUCUAUCUAAUAAAUCAGAAAGAAUGUAAACUAUGAUGAAUUCUGGAUUUAACAGACUAUAGAAGGGACCAAAAGUGUACUUGUGAAAUCUUGAAUUCUGCCAUGUGAAAUAUUUCAAAUAAGAUAUAAGAUUGGCGCUGCAUAAUAUUAAUGUAAAAUAUGUAAUGUGCAUAUUAUCUUGAUUUAAAAAAUAUUCAAAUGAAGAGAAGAAAACUAUAUAUGUAGUUUACAAUUUUUUUUUUUUUUUUUGCUGUUCAAUAUUUAUUGUGAUUAAAUACAAAUAUGUAAUGUAUGUUUAAAUGUUAUAAUUAUUCUGUGUUAAUAAUUUAUUCUUUUUAAAUUCUGGAAUAUUCCAUCUGUCCAAUAUCUCAAUAUAACAGUAAGAAAGAAUAAUUGACAUGAAAAAAAAUUGUUACCCACCAAGAUCAAAUUUCAA